GCGUCAACAGACUGGCAGAAAUGGCGCGAAUACCUCGUCUGCUCAGCCUUCUGCUCAUGUGUAUCGUCUGCUGCUCGGGUCAACUUGACCUCACACUCAAGGCCAUCGGCUCUUCCAUCGAAACUCUCCGGAACGAUGUCAAGUACAAGGACGGGGUCAUGGGUCAAAUCGUCAAACAGGUCAUGCUCAAUCGCUUCCAGGACGAAGAGAGGGUUCGAGCCGAGGGAGACUCUGGAAUCGUCUCAGUCAGGAACUACAACCUCGGCACCGACAACUUCCACACGUCCACACACAUCGGCUUUGGGUUUUCUGGCAUACAUGAUCACAGCCAGACAGCCAACACGCUGGGUAUGGGGGAGGUGACUGCUGUCCUGAAUGGCGUCCAGUUCCGGACCUCCCACAACGACUUCCAGCUCAGACGUCCUAGCACCACCUCCAGGACCUGGCUGGAGACGGAGCCGAUCCCCCCACCCCCCGUCCCACCCUCAGUCCUGAGUCUGUCCAACGUUACGGAGGCCAUUGCUGAGAUGAGGGAGUACUUCAGGGCGUUUCAAACCCAGGACACGACCAUUCGGGAUUACCGCCCUUACUUUAAACCCGUCCUGUGCUAUCUGGAGGGGACGUGGCUGGUCAACAUCACUGAGACGGACAACACGGACAGGGCCCGCACUGAGGCGUACCUGGGCUCGGCGACCAACGCCUCCCAGACCGUCUCCUCCCUGCCCUCGACGAUCCUCGGGAUUGAUGACGUCACCAACGAGCCAAUCCUGGGCCAGUGGUUCUACCGGACACUCUGCUACCCCCUGGAGGAGAACCUGCCUACGUCAUACUUCACCGCUAUCGAUGACAUGUCCUAUCGCUACCCACGUGGUCUGCCGUACACGGCGAACCCAACCACGCGUGGAACCCGCUUCCUGCUGGACGACAAGUCUGCUGAAGGGUACCGCGGCUACACGCUGUUGGACCGGCUGGUUGCCAGGAUCCCCGGGCUGGACAACGUCCCUGGCAACUUGUCCGAGAAAACUCUGGGCCUCAGGGACAUGAUGGACGCUGGGGUGGCCGGCGUCCUUAACAUUGGCUACUAUAACAGGCAGUACAGGGACCUUUUGGACGCCAUGAACCGUAAUGGGCAGAUCCGAGGCUUCAGUGACGGCAACAUGUUCGUUGCCAUGACGACACAGGAGCAGGUGGCGCCCCUGGUGGUGACCCAGUGCCCGCCCCUGGUCAGGUGUGUCAGACGUCAGGACAUCAGGGCCAGCUGGAUGAUCCCCCUCGAGGUCAUCUACAUGACCCCCCUGCUGGCAUGGAACCCCUACGGCGUGCGCUAUGGGGUUCCACAGAACGUGGUGACAGCUCUCGGCAGAACUGGCCUGGUCAGCACACGGGCCUACAACGGCACCAAUGACGUCACCUUUUACUGGACGCCCCCGCAGUUCUUUGCCGUCAGCACCCCCGAGAACAAUGACGUAGCAGAUUCCAGCUGGAGCAGCCGAUGGGUUCUGGACUCCAAGAACACACCCAUCAACCUGAUGCCCAGUGGCACACGGAUUGUUUUGCCGGAAAUUUCCGGCGUCGGUGACGUCCGGCUGCGCUACCCGAUAGCGCCCGUGCACGGAGAGGGGGGCGGGGUGUGGAAGGAGCUCAACGCCCUCAAGAGCAACCUGGCCCUGCAGAUUUCCAAACUGGCAGCAGCUUUUCAUUGAAGGAAUUCAUUGAUUUAUUUAUUGCUGAAGCUUUUCAUUAGAGGAAUUCAUUGAUUUAUUUAUUGCUGAAGCUUUUCAUUAGAGGAAUUCAUUGAUUUACUUAUUCCCCACACCUUAUGUCUUCGUUUUUGUCCUACCAGUUUAUG